AUGAGUCGUCUGGGUGGGUGGUUUCGCUCAGGCGGAAACUCCAAAAAUGGCUCCGACACAAGCCUGUCGCCUAUCGACAGCAUCGCCAAGGAAAAGGAGAACCUGGUGGAGGCGAUGAAUUGGGUCGAGCUCAUCAUGAACGACGACAUCGACGGCGCCUGGGAAAAGCUGCAGCUGGGCGACUCUGCCUUCCACGAGAUGGGGUCCUCGGUGGCCUUUUUUAUGCGCUCCGUCCUGGGCUUUGAGAAGCAGGUCAUGACCGAGGCGACGGCGAGGCUCAACGAGUGCGAGAACCGGGCCUGGGCCGAUCUCAAGCGGGCGCAGAAGCACGGGGCUGCUUACAAUAGCAGUCAGCUCUAUCCGCCUGGCACCGAGUACGAACUGAUUAUUGCUGAGACGCAGCUGAUGGGGGCCGUUGUUGGUGUGCUGCACGAGAGCUUGGUAGAGGCCAUGAGGAGUUUUUAUAAGCUGCGAAAGGCGUUUCUGACAUUGGAUGCCAUUGUUGCGUCCGAGGCAAAGAUCUUUGGCAAGACGGCCACCCCGGGCUCGUCUCGGAUGUCAUUGGAAGGGAGCAGCUCGACUUCGACUUCGACUGGCGAUACAUCCUCGACGGAAUCGUCUGCGAGCACGCUCAGCAGUAGUGACCUUGAAGCUUCUGCGGACAGCAGCAGGAGCCCGUCCGGACAGCAGACUCCCAGCGAUCAGGCUGACACUGAUUCAACGGCCCAGCAGCUGGAAAAGCUGAACCUUGGCAAGCUGGAGGAUACAUCCAAGCUGAGUCUGCGAUCUAAAGACUCUGAUGUGAGCUCGGAUGUGGAGUUGGACAACCCCGUUGACAAGUUUAUCCAUUCUGGAGCCAACAUGUGCUUUGGAGUUCUCCUGCUUAUCCUUAGUCUCAUCCCUCCGGCAUUCUCACGCAUCCUCUCCAUUGUUGGGUUCCACGGAGAUCGUUCACGAGCCGUCAAGAUGCUGUGGAAGUCAGCGGCCCAUUCCAACAUCAAUGGUGCCGUUGCGGGCAUGAUGUUACUGGCAUACUACAAUGGCCUGCUGGGAGCUGCAGAUAUUUUGCCAGCCCAGCAAGAUUACGAUGCUGAUGCCGAGGCCGUUGGGCCGCCCAUCGAAAAGUGCGAGAAGCUUCUCGCCGAGAUGAGAGCACGGUAUCCCGACUCACGGUUAUGGCGCGUGGACGAGGCGAGAAUGCUUGCCAACGAGCGCAAGCUUACGGAAGCUCUGGACCUGCUCAAGACGGGCAAGGAGUCGAAAAUGAAGCAGGUUGCCGCCUUGAACAACUUUGAGCUGUCACUCAACUGCAUGUUUUCUUACGACUGGGAGUUGAUGCGCAGCUCAUUCCUGAAAUGUCUCGAGGUGAACGAUUGGAGCCCUUCAAUGUACUAUUACAUGGCCGGCUGCGCAUCUUUAGAGUUGUACCGAAAUGCCGUCCACUCCAGCGACAAGGACGAGGCCAGGCGACAGAAGAACAAGACCGAGGAAUACUACCGCAAGGCCCCGACCGUGAUUGGCAAGAAGCGACUGAUGGCACGCCAACUACCCCUGGAAACGUUUUUGCAGCGCAAGAUUCAGAAGUGGGAGGACCGGGCCAAGGCUCUGGGCAUUGACUUGGCUGAUGCUAUCGGCUCCAGCCCGGCGCUCGAGAUGUGCUAUGUGUGGAACGGACAGAAGCGCAUGGGCACGGAGCAAUUGGAGAAGGGACUGGACUAUUUGAACUGGGACAGAUGCACGGCAAACAAGGAAGAUGUCGCCAAGAUUCAGGCUGAAAAGGACGAGAUGGCUGUCUGGGCUGUGAGCAGGGCGUCGCUACUACGAGGCGCGGAGAAGCUGGAUGAGGCGAGGGCACUGCUGAACGAGAAGGUUGUUGACCUUGAUCGAUCUGUCUUCAAAGGCGCGUCUAAAGACGAUUACGUCCUGCCCGCAGCCAUUUACGAACUGGGCGCUAUCGCUUGGGCUGAGUGCUGCAAUCCUCCCGAGGGCGAGGAAAAGGAAGUCCUGGAGUACAGACAAAAGAAGAUGCAGGAGUGCGAGGAGCAAAUCAACAAGGUCAAAGUCUGGGAGGCGUACACCCUGGAUGCCAGGAUCGGCAUGAGGGCGACGAGCGGAUUGGAGACGCUGGCUUGGUUCAAGAAGAAAUAUGGCUGGUGA